GUUAGUAGCACAGAGACAGUCACAGGCACAGACGGCUGCUGCAAAAGCUUCAGGCUUUUCCGACCCGCCUGCACUCUGUACUCAAUGGACAAGCUCCGGCCAAUGCCAUUCAUGGCGCGUCCAUCACUUCUCUGUAAGCCAAUGCUGCGUUGGAUAGAAGCGAUUGGCCCUUUCAGGCUAUAUAUACUGGAUUCAUGGCUGGGAAAUGCUCCGUGUUUUUCAAGUUUUUGGUUCCUGGGUUCAACAAACGACUUACAAUAUUGAUGUUGAACAUAUUGGCACACAAUCUCCAACUAAAAGUUUUGUCAGUGGGAGUGUUCAAAAGAUUGGUAUCUCAAAUGAUCAUCUAUGAGACUUUUGAUUCAAUCAAUCAGUGGGAGGAAAAGUCACUUCCAGUAGCUUUCUGUAGUUCUCUGAGUGAAAAGAAACUGGAUAAAGCAGUUAUUAAAAGCUGCUUGGGAUCUUGGUGUGUGAGACUUAGCAGGAGUGUUGAUGGAGUACUUUCUUUCGAAGAAGGUUGGGAAGUUUUUGUGAACCAUCACGGCCUGAACCUUGGAGAAAUGGUAGUAUUUGAACACAAAGGCAAAAUGGUGUUCAAUGCGGUUGCCUAUGAGUCACUUGGUAAUGAGAAAGAGUAUGAACUGCAGAGCGACAAGCACCCGCAUGAUUACAAAGGAAAAAGAACCUUAAAAGGAACUGCAUCCUCAACCCCAAGGACUCUGUUCAGUACCACGAUGAGUAAAUCCCAUGGGAAUCCUCUUCAUGCUUAUAUGACUAUUCCUGCGAAAUUUGCAAGAACAAAUGGCAUUGUGGCCGCAUCCAGAAUCAUUCUCAAAGACCCGUCUGGAAGAUCAUGGCCGCUGAUCAUAAGUAAGUGGGAAAGAAUGGGCAGGCGUAGUCAUCGUAUAGCUGCUAGAAAAGGAUGGUACAAGUUUUAUGAAGCCAACAAGCUCAAAAAUGGGGAUGUCUGCAUAUUCAACCUCAAACCAGUAUCAUCUAAGUCAGGUUCAAAAUCAACACGUGUCUUGGAAGUCCAGAUAACCCGAUGUGGAUCCUAGUCCAUUUGGUCAAUUUGUUGUUGUCUUUCAGAUUUUGAACAAAGAGUAUCAAGCCAGAAGAAUGUAACUUUGAUGGCUGAAACCUCCUUUAUGCUACUUUUGAAAUUGUAAUUCGGAUUUCUGUGAACGGUUGAGUACUAAUUAUUAUUCUACUAUGAUAUUUUUAUUU